AUGUUACAAGAAAGCCCUGUCAGAGAUAAACUGGCUAAAUCUUUAAAUGGUAUGAUGAAUGCUAUGGCAGAUAUAUCUAUCCAAGAUAAGCGGUCAGUCCAAGACAAUGACUUAAUGGAAAUUUCUCCAAAGAAGGAAGACGAAACCCCUAAAUUAACUGAAACUGAAAAAGAAGAAAUCAACUCAUUGUCAGUUUUGGAAGAAUUGUAUAAAUGCCUGGAGAAAUUGAUUUACGAAGGUGCAAAUGGUAAAAUUAUCAAAGGGCAGGAUAAAAGAACUAAACAGGCCAUUAUUAUCAAAAUAGUGAAAUUAAAGAAGUCAAAGUAUUAUUACCAACAAGUAAAGAAUGAAUAUAAUUCCCUUAAAGAUUUGAAAAAUAAGAAUUUGAUUGAACUUUUAGAUUUGGUGAGAAGUGAGGGAUCUAAUGAAUUAGCUUUCAUUAUUCCUUAUUACCAGAAUGGUGAUUUAUUGGACUUAUUAUCACAUUUCAGAAAACAGAAAAUCAAAAUCAAUAGUAAUUUGAAAGACUCCAUCUUCAAACAAAUCGCUAAAGGUGUACAAUUCUUACAUAAUAACAAUCUCAUACACCGGGAUAUCAAACCUGAAAACUUGAUGAUAGGUGAUGAUGGGAAUAUUAAAAUUGGAGAUUUCGGAUACUUUUUGAACUUAAAUGAGAUUGAAAAAGAUCCAUCAAAGUUCUGGAAUCUAGAGAACGACCAUCUUUUAUGUGGCACCAACUCAUUCAAAGCCCCAGAGAUUUUCAAAUGUGAAGCAAUUUUAAAUGAAUCCAAAGAUCUAGAAAAAGUCAAAUCUAUGAUUGAUUUUCAACAAUUGGAUUAUUGGAGUUUAGGGAUAACGUAUAUACAGAUCUUCUUAAUGAAGAAACCAUGGAACACUGCCACCCAUGAUGAUUCUAAUUUUAAGCAUUUCAAACUCAAUUAUCCAGUAUCUGAUAAUCUCAUCAAAGAUUUGAAUAACGAUUUAGAAGAUUCUAAAAAUAACUUUAAAUUAAAUCCUUGUAUGAACAUAUUUAAAGAUUUACACUAUGGUUCAAGGUUUUGGAUUAUCAAAUUACUUCAUCCUACUAAUUCGAAACGUUUAACUAUCCAAGAUUUAUUACAAUCAGAUUGGUUGAAACAAGUAUAUGCUGAUCCAAAGGAAUUGAUUUCAUUGAAAGCUAAGCAUUUGUAG